AUGAUGGAAGUAGUUAAUGUAAAAAUGAUGUUUUUGAAGCAGAGACAGAAGAAAUUAUCGUCAGGAGUGAAGAAUUGGCAGGGACAUUUAACAAACAUUUCCAUCCGGCUUCAAGUGGAAGACAAGAAUAACCUUCCAGAAAUCAUGGAUAAGCACAAACUUAAUAAUAAUGAGGAACUUAAUGCCAUUAAUAUCAGCAGAGGAAAAACACUGGAGAAUCUUAAGAGACGAAAAUUCAAUAAAUGCCAGAGCCUGAUGGCCUGCAUUCUGUGCAUUAAUUUACAGUACAACAACUUGACAAACUGUGCAGCGGAAAUGAUUGGAAAAUUGCUUCUGGAGAGCACCACAAUUACUGAUCUCAACCUCAUGUGUAAUGACAUUGGCAGCCAUGGUGCUAAAUGGUUGAGCAAAGCUUUACAGUUCAACAGAUCUGUGAAGAAUCUGAGGAUGAAUGGAAAUAAAAUUGGCAACGCAGGUGGAAUGCACUUUGCAACAAUGCUUCAGCUAAACCGUACUUUGGAAUCUCUAGAUCUUGGUGACUGUGAUUUGGAAACUCAAAGUCUAAUUGCCUUAGCAACAGUUCUGCACCACAACAAAACUCUCAGAGCCAUUGAUGUAGGUCGUCCUAUCAUUCACACCAUUCAGGAAGAAGCCACUGUCCACAUGGCCCAUAUGCUUCAAGUUAACCAAACUCUUCAGGAGUUGCAUUUAAUAAAAAUGGAAAUGAGAAACUUUGGCAUUCAGCAAAUUUGUGACAAACUGGUUCAUAACCACAGUCUUCGACUCCUUGAUCUCCACUGUAACCAGAUAUCCUCUGAUGGAGCAAAGUCUUUGGCUAAGCUACUGAAACACAACACUCCCUUGAAGAUCCUGGAUUUGGCCGCCAACAGAAUUGAGGACGAUGGACUGGUUUGCAUCAGUGAUGCUCUUCGCUACAUGAAUGAUCAGCUUUUAGCAUUAUCUGUAGCCAGGAAUAAUAUUUCUGGUAUUGGACUGAUGGCACUUGCAAAUGCCUUGAAAUCGAACAACACAUUAACCAAUGUCUACGUCUGGGGCAACAACUUUGAUGAAUCAGCCUCCAUAGACUUUGCAAACCUGAUCAAAGCUGGGCGUUUGAAGCCAAAACGAACAGACAUUAGCCCAUACUGGAUUGAUGGAAGAGUCUACCUUUCUGAGCUAGCUCAUGGGCUGCAGAUGUAUUAUUACUGGACUCCCCUGUACGGUGACAGGGAUGAGGCAGCUUGUAAUGCCAACACAUACCUGCUGAAAGAGCCAAAUACUUCCAUAAGCCAGAUCGAUAUAGAAGAAUCCAUAGACACUUCCAGCUUUGAAGGAGACCAAACUUUCUAA